AUGGAGAAAACGGCUUUCUCCAUCGGUGCGAACCACUAUGAAUUUGCAGUUAUGCCCUUUGGUUUAACUAACGCUCCCGCCACAUUUCAGCGCAUGAUGGGGAAUAUAUUGAAGGGUAUUAAAGGCUGCCUAGUAUUCAUGGAUGACAUUAUUAUUUUCUCGGAUACGUGGGAGGAACCUCAACACAUUUUGGACGAAGUAUUUCGUCGUAUUUGGGCAGCAGGGUUGAAGAUCAAGCGAGACAAGUGCCAAUUUGCACAAGAAUCGGUGAAAUUCCUUGGCCACAUUGUAUCUGUACAGGGAACAGAACCAGAUUCGUCCAAAGUUGAGGCUGUGCGAGAAUUUGCGACCCCGACCUCUCUCACCGAUGUUCGAGCGUUCGUUGGGAUGGCAUCAUACUAUAGACGGUUUAUUAAGAACUUUGCAGACAUUGCUGCACCGCUCCACGACCUAACCAAGGGUGGCCAACCAGAAUUUUGUUGGACACCUAUGGCCGACAAAGCAUUUAAUGACCUCAAAAGUCGUCUGUGUUCAGCACCUAUCUUGUCCCUACCAGACUUCUCCGUUCCUUUCACCAUUUAUACGGAUGCCAGUGAUUUCGGCCUCGGUGCUGUCUUGUCCCAGCGAAGAGGUGAAAACGAGUACGUGAUCGCGUAUGCCAGCCGGACCCUUACGUCUGCAGAGAAAAAUUACUCAACCACAGAGAAAGAGUGUCUAGCCAUUGUUUGGACAGUCAAUUAUUGGCGGCCAUAUUUACUCGGAAACACCUUUGACAUAGUGACAGACCACCAAAGUUUAACGUGGUUGCAAGGAUUGAAAGAACCGAAGGGUCAUCUCGCCAGGUGGAUCCUUGCCUUACAGGAGUACGAUUUUGAAAUCAAGCAUCGCCCGGGUCGACAACACAGCAACGCAGAUACCUUAUCGCGUUUCCCUCGCGUGACACCCCCGCAGAUACCAGACCAAGUGUGCAUUCCAGUGUGCAUUCCUCGUCUGGGGUUUCACCUUUCCAGGCAAUUUAUGGUCGCGAAGCCACUACACCGCUGCUGGGACUUAUAAACACCGAAACUGAAGUUAAGGAACAGUUUAUUUCAAAUUACUGUGAUGAACUGGAGAAGACAUUAAAGGACGUACAUCGCAGCAUCAAAACGAACAUUGAUGUGGCACAAAGUAAGCAGAAGAAAGGCUACGGCGAACAUAACGACGAACAUAAUGACGUUGACCGAAGUACAUCGCUAAAGGAAGGGGAUCGGGUGUGGCUCAAUAACAAAGCGGUACCAAAGGGCUUGAGCCGAAAAUUCCAUUCACCGUGGACGGGGCCUUACGUAGUGAUCAAGAGACUGGGCAAGGUAAACUACCAUAUCAAGCCGGGGUCUGGGAACGGUAAGACAAAAGUGGUACAUCGCAAUCGACUUAAGCUAGACAUACGCCAGCCUAGAAUCGAAGAAACCCUGUCUGUUGAUCAACCAGAAAAGCACAACUCGAGAAUCGAAUUGCUCCCACGCGAGUCAGUGAUACAUCACGGAGAGAGGCUGGCGGACGCACAGCUGUUACCAGCAGAGGAGCUGAUCCAAUUGCGUAGGUCUAACCAUAAUCGCCGACAACCUGAUAGAUAUCAGGAUUAUAACUUAGAUGAACUAGAGAUCGAGGACGCUCUCAAUUAA